GCCGGCUGCUCGAGCCUUCAUUGGCCUGUGCCCAUUCUUUUUCCUCGACACAGCCACCACAACCCGUCGGUCUCGCAGGCUCGGCGCAGAAGCGAGUGCAUUGCGGGCCCCUCUUGUACUUGGCGAAGAUCCUUUUUGGAGCAUCAUGAUUUUGCCCCGGUGCAGCAGAGAGACACUCAACCGCAAGGGGCACGAAGUCGCAAAAAAACAGUUGCUGUCCCAUCCAGCUUGCCAGCCUUCCUGCCGUCCUGCCCCUGAUCCAAGUCGACUCAUGCCACCACACAUGACAAGAUUGCAGUACGACCGUCCUGUCCCCAGGGUCUGAUGCAGAUCGGUCCAUCGUGCAUAUCACCCCUGCCCUUCUAGAACGGCUCAAGAACCAGCAGCUCGCAAGAGACAGCAGCGGGAGUUCCCGCCCCAGCGCAUAGCAAGCAACCUCGCCCUCGCCCUCGCCCUCAUCCAUCCGGGGUCCAGAGGAUGGUGUAUUGUGCACUCGAAAUGCUGCCGCAAGAAAAUUGCUUCACUACAACGAUUCCCAUUCCUGGGCAUGUAGGCGGUAGACCACUCAUCCAUAACAUAUGUACCCCCAGACUGGAUGCUACCCAAGCACUCGGCGCCGUAACAAUUUAGUCUACAACAGCAAUAAGGCCAUGACGCAAGAACCAUGUGGCCAAUCAGAGCUUAUCAGUCUCUCUUGACCCAAGAUGGCGGGGCAAACACUGCAGCGGCAUCUCGACCUGAAUCGGAGCUGCUUCGUUCGACAACCGCCAGUGACUAACUCUACUGACGCAGCAGCCCAACUCGACGAAAGCGUAAUAUCUCGUGUUCCUCCAGGAACCUUCCUCUUCCCUUCGCACUAGUCGCACCCUACCUACGAGCUCUUCUCAAUCUGCCAACCAGCCAAACCCAGACUUUCCACUCCGGGUUCGCUCGCCCAAGCCCACGACCAGACCGCCAACAUGGCCACGAUCAAGGAGAUCACCAGCUACUCCGAGUGGGACGCCCACCUGGCGUCCCUGCCACCGACCACACUGCUCAUCGUUUCCUUCCACGCCCCGUGGGCCGCGCCAUGCGCCCAGAUGGCCACCGUCCUCAGCACCCUCGCCUCCGAAUACCCCGCCGACGGCUCGACCUCGUGGGUCUCCCUGAACGCAGAGGAGCUCUCCGACAUCAGCGAGAAGUACGACGUCACCGCUGUCCCCUUCCUCGUCCUCUCCAAGGAUGCAAAGGUCCUCGAGACCGUCAGCGGCAGCAGCGCCGUCAAGGUGCGCAACGCCAUCGAGGCGCACGCCGGCAAGCCCGGCGCCGCGGCCACCGGCACCAACGGGGCUUCGGCCGGCGCCACGGCCACGGCCACGGUUGACGAGCCUGCGGAGACGGACCCGGCGAAGGCGAAGGAGGAGCUCAACAAGCGGCUAGAGGAGCUGGUCAAGGCGGCGUCCGUCAUGCUGUUCAUGAAGGGCACCCCCAGCGGGCCGCAGUGCGGCUUCUCCAGGCAGAUGGUGGCGCUGCUGCGGGAGAACUCGGUCAAGUACGGCUUCUUUAACAUCCUGGCCGAUGACGAGGUACGGCAGGGCUUGAAGGAGUUCGCAGACUGGCCCACGUACCCGCAACUAUGGAUCGAUGGGGAGCUGGUGGGCGGUUUGGAUAUCGUCAAGGAGGAGAUCGAGAACAACCCAGACUACCUCAAGCCAUACAGUGUCAAGGCCAACGGCGAGUGAGCGGCGGACGGCGACGUGAAUCUACACCACAUGCCAAGAACAUCACAUGAGGCACAUGCAUGCCGCGAGACAGAUCGGAUGUCCGCCGAGGCUCACACCCAAUCCACGUUGCGUGAUAUGAGACCGAAAUGCAGCUACCAUACCUCACCACAUAUGGGCAUUGGGUGUGGACGCUCGGUCUAAGCUGGCAAGGGCCAAGUCAGUCUUACUCCUACUACUGCACUCAAACCUAGCCGAAGAUCCGGCGACGAGGCAAGUGAGACAAAUAGGAUCGGAAGAGAAAACACCAUAGGAGACCCAUAAUACAACCAAGUUCAAGGAUGA